UCCCUGGGACCACCCCACCCACCACCCCCGCCCGUAGAAAAGAUGGCUGCUGUGCAAGUUGUCGGUUCGUUGCCUUCCGGACAGCCGCGGGAGGCACCGCGGCAAGCAAUCCCUGAGCGAGGCAAUGGGUUUCGCCUCUUGUCUGCCAGGCUCUGCGCCCUGCGCCCGGAUGACAGCAGCUCCGCCCGCACCGAGAUCCACCUGCUCUUCGAUCAGCUCAUCUCCGAGAACUACAGCGAGGGCAGUGGCGUGGCCCCGGAGGACGUUAGUGCUCUUCUUGUCCAGGCUUGCCGACUGGUACCUCUUAAUCAGAAUCAUCUUGUCAGCAAAGUGAGCCAGCUUAUCCACCAUUUACUUAACAGAUUACAGGUAAUUGUUGAUGAACAGCACUUGGAUUUCCUGUUGGCAUAUACUAUUUCGGCUAUUCAUCAGUGUAGUUCCUGGACACACCGGGAAAUUCUUCAAGCCCUGGCAGCUCUGGUGUACUGCAAUGGCUCCAAAUGUCAAAAGUACCUCCCAGAGCUGCUAGGCAAGACCGGACUCUUAAUGAAGUUGAGUGACUUGGCUCAGUCUGAUCCUGAAGUCAGGAGAGCUGCAGUACAUUGUAUGGCAAACUUAUGUCUCAGUGUGCCAGGUCAGCCGUAUUUGGAGGAGCCCUACCAAAAUGUCUGUUUCCAAGCUUUUCUGACUAUUUUACAGUCUCCAAAAUCAUCUGAUAUGGAUGAUAUCACAUUUUGCAUGUUAUUGCAAAAUGCAUUAAAAGGUAUACAGUCACUUCUAAAUGGUGGGAGAAUGAAACUAACACAGACUGAUGAACUUGGAGCACUUUUAGCUGUGCUAAAGAAAUUCAUGUUUCACGGACUCCCUGGACUAAACAUAGAGAUGCCCACGGUGUUAUACCCAACUCCGCUUCCUCAGUAUGAUGGGCGAACACCUAUCGAACCACAGCAAUCAGAAUCCAGUGCUUCUCGACCAACUUUGAAUAAAAAGAAAAAAUCCAAAGUAAAACCAAAGAAAAUCCAGCAAGGAGAGGAGGAGGAAAAGGAAUCCAGUGGUGAAAUAGAGGCAGCCCCAGUCACUGGCACAGGCAGAGUGAACCUGCAUGAAGGGAACACUUGCUGUCCCUCCUCCCUGGGUGUCCAGAGUUUGCCUUUAGAUGGAAGUGGAGCUGCAGAAAAAGAUGGAGUCUCCUCACCCUUCAGUUCUUCCAGCUGGAAAAGGGUCAGCAGUAGUGAGUCAGACUUUUCUGAUGCUGAAGGAGGCAUGCAGAGUAAAAUGAGGUCUUACCAAGCUAAAGUUCGCCAAGGAGCCUUAGUUUGUUUUCUUUCUACUAUAAAAUCGAUAGAAAAAAAAGUUCUUUAUGGCUACUGGUCAGCCUUUAUUCCUGAUACGCCUGAACUUGGCAGCCCACAGUCAGUGUCCUUGAUGACUCUUACAUUGAAAGACCCUUCUCCAAAGACACGUGCCUGUGCUCUGCAAGUUUUAUCUGCCAUCUUGGAAGGCUCAAAGCAGUUUCUUUCUGUUGCUGAAGAUACCAGUGACCACAGAAGGGCUUUUACCCCCUUCUCCGUAAUGAUCGCUUGCAGCAUUAGAGAGUUGCACAGAUGUCUUUUGUUAGCUUUGGUGGCGGAGUCAUCCUCACAGACUGUUACUCAGAUAAUUAAGUGCCUUGCAAAUUUAGUAUCAAAUGCACCUUAUGAUCGUCUAAAACUCAGCCUGCUGACCAAAGUCUGGAACCAGAUAAAGCCUUAUAUUCGCCACAAAGAUGUUAAUGUUCGUGUGUCAAGUCUCACACUCUUGGGAGCUAUAGUGUCCACCCACGCACCUUUACCUGAAGUCCAGCUACUUCUGCAACAGCCAUGUUCUUCUGGACUCAGUAAUAGCAAUUCAGCAACCCCUCACCUCAGCCCUCCUGAUGGGUGGAAGAAAGCCCCUGCAGGACCCUCUCUGGAAGAAACGUCAGUUAGCUCACCUAAGGGGUCUUCAGAGCCCUGCUGGCUCAUUCGACUCUGCAUUUCCAUUGUCGUACUGCCCAAGGAGGAUUCCUGUUCAGGUAGCGAUGCUGGCUCUGCAGCAGGAAGCACCUACGAACCAUCCCCCAUGCGACUGGAGGCCUUACAGGUAUUGACUCUUCUGGCAAGGGGCUACUUUUCAAUGACUCAAGCCUACUUGAUGGAGCUUGGAGAGGUGAUCUGCAAGUGCAUGGGGGAAGCAGAUCCAUCCAUUCAGCUUCAUGGAGCAAAGCUUCUGGAAGAACUGGGCACAGGCUUAAUACAGCAGUAUAAACCAGACUCCACUGCAGCACCUGAUCAGAGAGCACCAGUCUUCUUGGUGGUGAUGUUCUGGACUAUGAUGCUGAACGGUCCUUUACCCAGAGCCCUGCAGAAUUCAGAACACCCAACUCUCCAGGCGAGCGCCUGUGAUGCCCUGUCUUCCAUCUUGCCAGAGGCCUUCAGCAAUCUGCCGAAUGACAGGCAGAUGCUGUGCAUCACAGUGCUGCUCGGGCUGAAUGACAGCAAGAAUCGCUUAGUGAAAGCUGCAACUUCGCGGGCCCUGGGAGUCUAUGUGCUUUUUCCCUGUCUCAGACAGGAUGUCAUAUUUGUUGCAGACGCAGCAAAUGCAAUAUUGAUGUCACUUGAAGACAAGUCUCUGAAUGUUCGAGCCAAAGCAGCCUGGUCCCUGGGCAACCUGACAGACACUCUGAUUGUCAACAUGGAAACACCAGACCCAAGUUUCCAGGAAGAGUUCUCUGGUCUCCUGCUCUUGAAAAUGUUACGAUCAGCUAUAGAAGCAUCCAAGGAUAAAGACAAGGUAAAAAGCAAUGCAGUCCGGGCCCUUGGAAAUUUGCUUCAUUUUCUGCAACCCUCUCAUAUAGAAAAACCCACAUUUGCAGAAAUCAUUGAGGAGUCUAUCCAGGCCCUAAUUUCUACUGUUCUAACAGAAGCUGCCAUGAAAGUCCGAUGGAAUGCUUGUUAUGCGAUGGGAAAUGUAUUUAAAAAUCCUGCCCUUCCUUUAGGGACAGCCCCAUGGACCUCCCAGGCCUACAAUGCCCUGACAUCGGUUGUGACAUCAUGCAAGAACUUCAAAGUGCGCAUCAGAUCUGCAGCUGCCCUUUCCGUCCCGGGGAAGAGAGAGCAGUACGGGUCUGUUGACCAGUAUGCUCGGAUCUGGAACGCAUUGGUCACCGCCUUACAGAAGAGUGAAGACACCAUAGACUUUUUGGAAUUCAAGUACUGUGUCAGCCUACGGACCCAAAUCUGCCAGGCACUGAUUCACCUCUUGAGCUUGGCCAGUGCCUCGGACCUCCCUUGUAUGAAAGAAACCCUUGAACUGAGUGGGAAUAUGGUCCAGUCCUAUAUUCUACAGUUUUUAAAAUCAGGAGCAGAGGGAGAUGACACUGGAGCACCCCACAGCCCACAGGAAAGAGACCAGAUGGUCAGAAUGGCCCUUAAGCACAUGGGCAGCAUCCAGGCACCGACUGGAGACACAGCCAGAAGGGCCAUCAUGGGCUUUUUAGAAGAGAUCCUGGCCGUUUGUUUUGACUCAUCUGGAUCACAAGGGGCACUCCCAGGGUUAACAAAUCAGUGAAGAUCCCACCAUGCUUUCUAGAUGUCGAAGGUGGCAGUAGGAAGACCUGAGCUUGAGCAUAAGAUCUGUGGGAUUUCAUCUUGGGGGCAGAAACAAUCCGUUCACUAUUUAUUUAGAAUGACUUAGCAGCUAUUUAAAUUUUCACAGAGGGCUCAACCACCUUUGGAGUGACUCCAUAGCACUGGCCAUGGUCAGGGUUGUUGGAACAUCUGACCUGUGCAUCCAGUUGCCGAGGAGUCAGGUUGUAAUAUAGGCCAAGCAGAUGGGCUUUGAGGGCAUUUAGUCUCAGAAAAAAAAAUGUAGAAGGAUUUCGGAAUUAGAAUUUUGUAUAUUGUAUCUGUAGUUUUAUAAUAAACUAACGAAAAAUA